GGCACCUAGCAGGAAGCGGAAGUCGGGUUAUAAAGUAAAGGAAGUCAGAGAACCUGCUCUGGUUUUGUUGGCCCUGUUUUUCCACCGUCCUUUUUCUUAACUAAGUUCGGGACAGUUGCCCACCGACCUAGCAUCGCUUUCACCAUGGCUCUCAGCGAUGCUGACGUGCAGAAGCAGAAGGAGAGUUAGUCAUCACAUCAAAUGGUAUUGAAAAAUCAAGGAAAAGAAUGCCAAGAUUUAAGGACAAGGAGGUUGUUGAUCAUUUUAUGAGACCACUUUCAGUGGACACAGAGGGGCAGAAGUCAGAUGGAGAGUGUUGAGAGUUGAAGAUAAAGCACAUGAUGGCUUUUAUUGAGCAAGAAGCCAAUGAGAAAGCAGAAGAAAUAGAUGCAAAGGCAGAAGAAGAGUUCAACAUUGAGAAAGGCCGUCUUGUGCAAACCCAAAGACUGAAGAUUAUGGAAUACUAUGAGAAGAAAGAAAAACAGAUUGAGCAGCAGAAGAAAAUUCAAAUGUCCAAUUUGAUGAAUCAAGCAAGGCUCAAAGUUCUCCGAGCAAGAGAUGACCUUAUCACUGACUUACUGAACGAAGCAAAACAGAGACUCAGCAAAGUGGUAAAAGAUACAACCAGGUACCAAGUGCUACUGGAUGGACUGGUCCUCCAGGGUUUGUACCAGUUGUUGGAGCCCCGAAUGAUUGUUCGUUGCAGAAAACAAGAUUUUCCUCUAGUAAAGGCUGCAGUGCAGAAAGCUAUUCCUAUGUACAAAAUUGCCACCAAGAAGGAUGUUGAUGUCCAAAUUGAUCAGGAGGCUUACCUGCCUGAGGAAAUAGCUGGUGGAGUUGAGAUCUAUAAUGGGAAUCGUAAAAUAAAGGUUUCCAACACUCUGGAAAGCCGGCUGGAUCUCAUAGCCCAGCAGAUGAUGCCUGAAGUACGAGGAGCCUUGUUUGGUGCAAAUGCCAAUAGGAAGUUUUUGGACUAAGCCCUUGGGAGGUGAAAUUAAUCUACUGCUUUACCUCUGAGAAGCAAGAUCGUCUAUGUAGCUUACUAUGUAGCUUCUUCUUUGUUGUUAUGCUAUUAUAUUUAUCAGUGGAUAUCCUUCUGUAGCUAAUAUCCUUGGCCUAAUGUUAACAACUGGAGGUUUCCUAAGUGUGAACAGGACCCACAGUAAUUUGUCUCAGGUACCACAGCUUUUAUUUGGUUCUGUAGCAUGAAGAGGAGGGGUCAGAUGGUACUGCAUGGACUACACAAAGUCUCCUGUUCUUUUCACUGUUCUAAUUACCUAAUCUACACAGUGAUAUGCAUGGUGAUCCUUGCUCUUUAGGUAUGAGGCAUGUAUUCUUUGGGCCUAGAAUUUUUCUUCAUCUGUAAAUGUGAUUUAAAAUCUAAGCAAUGAAUAUUCUUUAUUUAUUAAAAGAUUUAUGUGGA